AUGUCAUCUAUUGUGGAUGCUAGUGAUCCUAGCUACUUGAAGCUCGAGAAAAUUCUUGCCGGCCAAAGAAGCGCUGUCAAAAAUGCAUUGCGAAGAAAAGGGGAAAGGCCUCAAAACCUUCCGGCUCGUUCACAAUGCAUCAAUGAGUUUGAGAUGGCUUCUCUUAGCAACCAGAUGAGAAAUAUGCAGGCUGGCCAUUUGAUGAUGACAACUGUCCUCGGAUACCCGUAUCCUCCAGCGACUGCGUCUGUCGAUAAUCUCAGGAAGCUCAUGAUCAAGGAUCUGACGCUAGAAACCAACCACCGGGGCCAUUACUUGCUCCUGAGAUUUGUUUGUACAGCUAUGCGAAUGUCUGCAGUGAUGAACAUUGUUGAAGACGAAGCUGGAUCGGUCAUUCCGUUUGCACUCGACAUGCAAGAACCGGAGACAGUGAGGCGCGCUGACAGUAUCUUCCGGGAGAACGGUGUGAUCAUUGUCAAGGAGACAUACUUCAAGAUUGGGACAAAUGGACAAUAUGCAAUCCGUGUCGAUCACCCUACAGAUAUUGUUUGGCUAUCGGAGAAUGAUCACAGAGUUCCAACAAAGUGGAGAGUUCGUCCAGAUGACAUGCCGAAUGCCGCGGAACAUUGGAAGAAGAAGGGAAACGAUGCUGUGGGCAAAGCGAAGUAUUAUGAUGCUAUUGAUAUGGGCGCACUUCUAUCAAGCCCAUCAGUUGAGGAGCGGGAUAUCAUAUACCGUAACAGAGCCCUAGCAUAUCUCCAAACUGAAUCUUUGGACGGCGCCUUGGAAGACAUAGCUUGCGUGUCCGAUCCUCAGGAGAAAGGACUUUACCUAAAAGGACUUGCUCUUUAUGGUCUCGGAAGAUUCAACGAUGCUAUGGAGGUGUUCCAAGCUGUAGUGGAUUCCUACCCAUCCAGUGGAUCUGGAAAAGAGGAACUUAAUCGAUGUCGACUUAGGAUGGCAGAACACGAAAGCGGGAUCUACGACUUCAAGGCAAUGUACAAGGCAACGAAGCUGCGACCCCCACGAGUUGAUGCUGCAACAUAUAAGGGACCUGUGGAGGUGCGAAAGUCAGAGGGUCGAGGCCGAGGUUUAUAUACAACCCGUGCCGUGAAGGCAGGAGAAAUUCACUACGGGGGUUUUCAUACAGACAACGUCUGUAAAUUGUCUGCAUUUUGUUUGUAUUCCUAG